GUAACUCUUAUUCACUUAACCCGACAGGUGCAAUGCGUAUCUAAUCAAGCGAGUCGACUCUGGCAUAUCGGUAAACAGGCACAUAUGAUCGGCGUUCGAAUGUAGUGGCGGUUUUAUCAGACAGGGUCCUCAUAACAAACCAUGCCCAAUCGGAGAGAAGAACACGGGAUUCAAAAGCAGCAACCAGUGACAUCGCGGUGCCUGGCCAUUGUCUUGAAAUUUGAAAAUGAAGACAGGUGCGAGAACGAUGUGAAGGAGGAAAGUUUUAGUGGAAAAGAUAUUUUAGACGAUUUUAAGUUGAGAAAUAAAUCUUGUUAUUGGAAUCCAGCGUUGUUGGAAAGUAUAAACAGUUUGGAAUAUUUGGGAUUCGUGUCGCCGUGUACAUUACUUGUGGGAGGGUCGGAACUUCACCUUGAGAAUAUCAGGACGGCGUGGGGAAGGCGAGUGUUGAAUGACCCCUCGGAUUUUAGUAUUCAAAGCAUAGGUGACGUUGAUGGGAUAAAUAUGGAGGUGAUACCACAGACACAGUUCGUUCCCCUGUCAGAGAUCCUAUGUAUGGUCAUUUUGGAGCUCAAUAAUAAGCAGGUCGUGGCGACGUUAGACACGAUACAGGAGAGACUGAAUCAAUGUUACCAAGGCAUGCAGAUCCCCUCGCCACCCCUCAUCUACGACACACUCGGCACACUCAUCAGGGAAAGGAAAAUAUUCCAUACAGGAAGUGGAUAUUUUGUUGUGACAUCAGACACGUACAGAAUGCCUGAGGACCCGACUAAAACGAUUCCACUGUCAUGGCUUCAUUACAAUCCUAAUUAUAUCCCAGUGCUCAACUCCAACGCCAAGGGUCUCACCAGAACCAUCUCCUGUCAGGUGACACUGGCCAACGAACCUCGCAAGGAACAGUCCGAGAAAAACUCUGACCCGGACGAUAAAAUCGUGGACAUGAGACAGAAUCUGGAGAGGGAGACGUUAGAUAGACAGAGGCAACCAUUGGCUGAUAAACCAAGACUGGGGCGAAGUCUCAGUGCCAGGAGACCAAGAGAAAGGGGGGCAAUUAAGAAUGAGGACCUCAGAGAUUUCAAGAGGAGUUUGUCAGUGAGACGACAAGACGAGAAAGAAAAGAAACACACACUAGAGGAAAGGAAGUCUGCAGAGGACAUUGCUGUUACUAAAAAUAGCUCAAAGAAAAACAAAGAUAAAGGAGAGAAGAAGUCUUUGUUAGCUAAGCUUUUCGGGAGAAAGAAGAAGAAGAAUGAAACUCCAAAAGAAGAACCCAAGAAAGUGGAGCAUGCCACGUUUUCUGACCAGUUUCCCCCUCCAGAGUGGGGAUGGUACCAGGACCAAGUGGAGAAGCAGCAGAGAAUACACAAGUGGAUGCAGCAAGUCCCCCACCAUCCACAUGCCCACCACCAGCAUUACGACCGCGUCCAUCCGAUCCAACAAAGUCAUCCACAUCACUCUGAUUAUCAGUCCAUGAGGUUUGGACAUGGACCAGUCAGAAACGAUGCUAUUUAUGGAAGACACAUCCCACAGCAUGAGAAUCACUACCACGUGCCUCCAAGGAUGAGAUUGAGAAACAACCCUCCACCUCCCCUGGAUGAUGAUUACGAGGAAAUCCUGGAUGUGGAUGCUAACAGCAGAUUCAGGUCCACCUUACCAGCACACCAUCAUCAUCAUCAUCCACAGGAAGUGGAUCAUCACAGGAGGAUGUCUGAAGAUCGACGUACAACGAGGAGGAAAGAGAAGUCAAAAAGAAUGUCCCUGGAUAGGAGAGGAGACAGAGACUAUGAAAAUGUUCCAAUGUGUUCAAACUACCCCUCCCCAGCAUUUCCAUAUCACACAGACAGCAGCCAUAACUUUCAUCACAAUAACCCAGUCACUCAUCCUCUCUACAGCUCAACUCCGCGAGUCCCGGGAAUGUGGCAGCAAGCUCAUGAAUCAUAUUACCCACAUGUCAAUGCAGAGGAAGUCCAUCAGCAUCAAUGUACUGUCCAAAAACCAAAAAAGAAAUCUCAUCGCAGACAUGGCCAGUCAAAUCACAGACAGAUGGAAGAUCAUUACAGACUUCCAGCUAAGAACACUUCAAUUUCUAUCUCUCAUGACAGUGGUGUGAAUCUGAUUGGCCUACAGACAGUGCAUUAUAAACAUACUCAAGAGACCCAUUACAGAAGAAGAGUUCAGGAUGACAUGUCCAUUCGGAAUAACCUCAGGAAUGACCCUUAUGGAGACUCAGAUGAUGAUGUUCCUCAUUCUAAUGGUCAAGUUAUGUAUGAAGUGGAAAUUAACAAAUGUCCAGAGCCAAGGACAAGAGAAAAUGAAUAUGUAACCAUGCAAACAGACUCCAAAAAAGACAUUGAGAAGAAGAGAAAUAGCUGUAAUUCUGACAGUGUGUUAACUUUCAGUGAGCAGAGCUGUGACACAGUCAUAAAAAAGGAAGAUAAAGACAUAGAGGACAUCACAAAGGAGACGUCCGAGGUCGUCCUGGGGGACAGUGGCUUCAGCUCACCCCGGGUCUGCGACGAAAGCUCCCCAGAAAUGGAAAAACAGAAGAUCAAAAGCAAAGUGAAGGAACUUGAAAAGGGAAGCCACUCUGACCUGUGUGAUAAAAAUGUCUACCAAAAAUCUGAUGACAGUUCUCCAGAAAUCCAUGAAAGUCGCUCCAGUGACAAGGAAAACAGAUUUAACAUGAUAAACAAUUUAAAACAAGUUCAGGGUGACUACGGUGUGCUUACUCAUGUCAACCCGGUCAAUGGAAGAAUCCCCCUCUAUCCCCAAAACACAAUGAUCCAACCUGUUCAGAGGAAAUUCAGUUUUGAGGACGAUUAUGGAUUCCUAUAGGGAGAUAACUCAAACUCGUCUAGGGAGGUGCAAUACAAGUACCGGUAUUUAACACUUCACAAAUAUCUCAAUCCGCAUGAACAAUUGUAACGUCAAAUAACUUAAUUUUUUAUAGUGCUAUUUAUGUAAAUAAUGUUUUUCUUAAUUUUAUUUGUAAAAACAGAAGUGAUUUAUUAUCAAAUCUCUUUUAUCAGUUUUG